UUCAACAAGGGCACAUUUGGAAUGUAAUCAGGGUCGUUUUCCCCUUCAUCAUAUCGGACAGGCCACCAAGGGAAACGAGCGAAGCAGAGCCAUGACGUGGGUACCUCUAGAGAAGGCCGCCGGGCAAUCAUCCACGGAGCUAUUACUAUCGUCGGGAACGUCGCGAGCAGGCUUUCUGCGCACCAAGAAAGCAAUCGCCAUUUUCGUCGGGGUAGGAUGUGUUAUCGUUCUCGCGAUCGUCCUGGGAGUGGUAGGCGUAACUCAAGCGAAUAGGGUUAAUUCCUCGUCUGGGGAAUCCGAAGCCGAGAAACAACUCGUCGGCGUCUCGUCAUCAUCGGUGUCUCCAGAGAAGGCCAGUACGGCAGCAACGUCGACAACGGGAACGGCGCUAAAUGCAGUCCUUCCAGAAGCCUCGUCGUCGCUUUUGUCAACGUCAACGUUUAAGACGCAGACGACGAGCACCCACCCAUCCGUAAAGACAUCGACAUUUACAACAUCGACAACGACAUCGACCACAUCAUUUGCGACAGGCUCCAUCGACGUCCCCCUGCGGAUUAUGGCCCUCGGCGCCUCCAUCGUGAAGGGCGAGACUUCCCCAGGCUAUCUGGGGUUCCGGAAGCCUAUGCGGGACCAGCUGGUUGACUUGGGCUGCACCGUGAACAUGGUGGGCUCCGUGCGGCUGGGCGACUUCGUCGAUAACGACGUCGAGGCGUACGGUGGCAAGAAGAUCAAGGAGAUGCACAACUUCGCCAAGAAGGCCGUGCCGCGGACGUUGCCUAACGUCUUUCUAAUCAACCUCGGGACCAAUAAUCUGCUGCAAAACAAGGAUGUCGAUAAGGUCGGCUCACAGAUGGAGGAGAUGAUCGAGUAUCUCCUGACAGCCUCAGACCGGUCCACCGUCAUUCUGAGCACGAUGCUGACCAAUAAGGUCGGCAACCUCGAGCCCAGCGUUCUCGACAUGAACCGCCAGUACCGUGACAUGGCGAAGAAAUUGGUGGCGGCCGGCAAACCAGUAGUCCUGGCCGAAAUGCACCCUAGCGAGGGCGUGCCAGGGGUUCCGACGGCCGACGAGAUCGGCCCCGACGGCUCGCACCCUACCGUCCAGGGCUACGAGACCAUGGCCCGCGUCUUCGUCAGAGCAAUCCAAGAGGCCGCCGCUAAGGGAUUGCUUCAAAAACCCGCCGAUAACGGAGUCCCGGCGGAUGGGGACGCCGAGAGAAAGGGGUCCGGUCGUUGAAUAACGACAAAAUCCACAGUCGAACAUAUCGCGCCCGCACGCAUACACACACCUAUAUAUAUAUACAUAUACAUAUAGUCGGCGGGUGUCUUUGAAUGAGGGCCGGGAGACUUCCGGCCGCCGCAGCCGUUGGGAGCUCGGGGCACAAGCAACCAUGACACGAAAAGGAGACGUGGGAUAACGACCAUGAGAACUACCGAUUUGAACGUCGGGACCUUGGCCGCCGCCGCCGCCGAGAGGUAGCUUGGACUUUCGCUUGGGCAACGACGUCCUACUAUUCGCUUCAAGGCACGGUGAAGUCCAACGCAGAGCUUCUAGGCUCAGCAAUGAGCAACAAUGGGUGUCGUCCCGGGAGGCCCCUUGAUCGAUGAAUAGGAGCCUCCGACGGAUGGGGUUGGAUAAAGCGCCGGAAUAGCCGGCCUUCGGCAACAGCCGUCUUGGCUGGUACUAUUGUCGCCACGAAGUUGUCAUCAACUUACGUGCGACGCCUAAUUAAAUACCCCUUCUGCUUCCAUCCUGGAAGCGGUUAUAACU